CUGCAGAAGAGCAUCAAGGUUUGUUCGCAGAACCGAAUCUGGGCAAAGCAGCCGACGGUGUAAUUCUACUGCAGACGUACCUCGGCGUGAGGACUACGAGAGACCUGUCAACAAAUCGAUAAGUACACUGAUGUCUUUUCAGCCUCAAAAAGAGCUCUUCGUCGGGAUGGAUGACUUUGACCAACAGCAGGCCGACGAUAUGCCAGACACGGUUAAGAAGGCCACCCAUGUACUUGAGUAUCCUGAGUUUGCAUUUGGCGACGUGUCGCAAGAAAAUAUUUUUUCGGGCGUCGCUUGGACGCGUGAGGAUCUUCCGCUUGUAGGCUUGACGUGGACAGAACCAGCGGAAAGAGCGUACGCAGAGAUAUUUAAGGUUCCAUCGACUCGUGAAUCGCCAUCGGAACCGUCGGAACCACGGCGUAUGCUGGUGCAGGAGAGGGAAGAAAUCCAGCAUGUCAAAAUGCUGAAUGCGGGUGACGGAGCAGCCCCUGUCAGGGCACACAUUGAACGCAGUGGUGACUUCAGUGACCGCUGUUUUUGGUUGAGACAACCCAGCCGCUUAAAACGAUCUCUGAGUGGAAACAAUCCUUCCGUCAACUACGAGCCGUCAUGCAGCAGGAAGUGGCUACAGAGGCAUGAACAGACUCUUUCCUGCUGCCACAGUGAGACUGACGGCGGGGCUCUUGAUUUCACUUCGGGCAACGGCAGUCACUGUCACCGUAGUUCUUUUCAGAGUUUGCCAGGCUGGCGUUUGACCAAGAACUUCAGCAGGGUUUCUCACGUUUCUGACCAGAGACUAGAAGACUCUGCAAUUAAUGUCAACGUCAGUGGCAAGCUGGUAUCGAAGCCAGAGAGUAUGUGCUGGGCGCAAAUGACAGGUGGCACACUCGACUGCCUGGAAGGCCUCCACAUCAUCAAUCAAAUCGGUGAUGGCAGUGACGAGGAAGAGGGGGACUCAGUCCACUCACAAAAUUCAAUGGAGGAGGACUGCGUUUGUUUGCUCCCAGUCGUACCUCUUGAAUUCGCUGAUGCUGGCCAGCACAGCAGCACCCCCGCUCGACCCUCUGUGGAUUACAGAGCACCGAGACGGUAUAGUCUGCCCGCAUCUUCGCAGUAUGGGCGACUCAAGAGUCUCGUGCAUCCACGGUCAGCGGUGCCCUCGUCCGAGACAGCUUGCAGCUCACUCCGUCGAGCACCAGAUGAGCCUCAAACGAUCACAGGAUGUUCAGAUGGUCGUUGUCAUGUGGACGAAAUGCUUGCAGCGAACGAACCCUCUAACGAGGUUCUCCGGCUCGAACAUUUCUUCUACUUUAUGAGUUACGAAGACGCAAGGCUGUUGUUUGCUACGAUCGAUUACGAUGGACAGGGUUUCGUAACGCGCGAGCAGUUUACGCGGUCCCUUCAGGAUCUUCAUCGGGAUGUCUGGCGAUACCGCGCUGCUGAUGAAGUGAAUUCGCAAAUUCUCCAUCGCAUCCACCUCUUGCUUGCUUUGAUCACGGCUCCAGCGGCUUGCCUUCUGGCAUUGUUCCUGUUCCAAACGUUUUUGACCUUCUGCGUCGCUGCUGCUGUGGCUAUCAUUUACCUAGCCACCAUCGCAUUCGCCGCCCCUCGUGUGUACCGCUUCACAGCUGUAUGGCAUUUUCUUGGGUUGCAACAUCCAAUUGAUCUUGGUGAUUUCGUGGAGCUCCUCCUUCCAGCUGGAAACGAGGCUUCUUCGUCUGCUUCCCGAACUGCUGCCGCGGCGGCGGAGGUUGCCGCCGCCGCCGCAGCAGCCGCUACAGCGAGUGUCGCAGUCUCCCGUGAAGGCAAGAAGUGUCCUGACGAUCUGGAGACCGGCGCUGGAGGACAUGAAAGGGCCAUGUACGUGGACGGAGAGAAUGGUGAUGAACAGCCCGGCAUGGCUUGCAUCGCGGCUGCACCUACUGCAGUCUUUCGGGGUCGAUGUGUAAAGAUUGGCCUACGAGAAGUUGUUCUGCGCACGCUUGAAGAAAACCGUGAAGUUCUUCGUCUACCUACGGUGGAUGUGGCUCGUUGCCGAGUGCGUAAUUUCUCCCGAUCUGCAUCACCAGCACAUGUGUCACUGCAGCUGCAUGUUUUUGGGCGGCCGGGUCACCCAGCGAACGUGUCCCUUCUCGCACAACUCCAGCGAGCGCUCGUAGCCUUCUGCGAGUUGCACCCCGAAGACUGGCGUCUCCCUCUUCCAUUGGCAGCAGUGCGGGCCAAGCGCAGCGUUCCCGGAGGUGGCUUUCUGGUUGAAGUGAAUCUCUCGCACCGCUUAUCUUGGGACCAUGUGACGAGGAUUCGGCGAGCGCGGCAAAUCGUGUGCUGGACUCUAUCUCAACUAUUUGGUACCAGUGUUGAACUUUUACCCAAUACAGCUCCACAGAUGCAGGCCAUGAUGAUGGCCGCGAACGACUGCCCCGUCAGCAGUAUAACGUCUUCUACAAGCAGGGGAGGCCGAUGA